AUGGUUGACCUGAACAAGCCAGGCUCCAUCGAGCGAGUCAUCGCUAUUACCGAGAUCGAACGAAUUCUUAACAAAUACUGCAUAAUGGCACGCGAAAAUGCCCCCUUUUCUGAAAUGGCAAACCUAUUUCACUCCAAUGGCAUUUUUCGUCUCCCGAAUGGAGCCGAGGUUCCCCCGUCAGAAAUGGGUACCGUCGUCCAAGGCAAACCACCAACCUUUAUCCGCCACCAUCUCACCAGUGUGGAUAUCGAAUUUUCAAGUGAGACGGAGGCAAAGACAAAAUCGCUUUUCUUCGCUAUGACUGGUACAUCGACAAUUGAUCAUUGGGGCCAGUGGCAGGAUGUCUUCCGAAGAACUGAAGACGGAAAGUGGUUGAUUGAAGUUCGGGAGAUCGUGGUUGAAGGUCAAGAUGCCAAUGGAUGGUACGCGGCCACAUAUGGCCAGUGA